AUGAACGGACAGCACGGCGGACAACCCUAUGCGGCUCACUAUGCCGAGCCGUAUGCCACCAACCCGUACGCGCAUGAGGAACCCGAGGAAAUGGUUGAGUUGAAUGGCCCCAGGGCCUAUCGCAGCCCGACCAGCUAUGAUCACCAGGGACAUGAUCACCAGGGACACAACUUCGACUUUCACUUCCAAGAACAGCCAUCGCCGCGGCCGGCGGUGAUUCCGUACCGGCCAGGACUGGGACAAAAUCCCCCGGACUACACUUCCUCUCCCGGGCUUCUGCCGACGCCUCGCACCUCCUAUGGUCCCGACUCCUUUGUGAAUACUCCUUAUGACUCGCGCUCGGCCUCCCCGACCUUGCGUCUAACCGAGGUCGGUCUCAACCAUCAGUACCACCAUUCUCAGGUCCAAAGCUCCGCCAGUCUCGGUCUUGCGCCUCUCGUGACCACUCCAGCCUCCCCGGGAUUCUCGAAGGAUUGGAUCCAGUCCGGGUCGAUUGCUCGCAUCAGUGAACGCGAUGACAUCGAUAUCUGGAAGGGCUGGAAGCGAUGGGUGUUCAAGUUCACCCCGCUUCUCACGUUCGCCAAUACUUCUCUGUACCUGUUCUAUCUAGGUCUGCGCAUCUACUGUAUCAUCUCGGCCCAGAACGCGGCGGGCGUCAGCUAUGCUGGCGCCUGGGUGUUCGUUGCCAUUGAGAUUGCGGUCAUGAUUCCCUCCCUGAUGCACAACUGCUGGACCAUGAUGGCCUUGAAAAAGCGCGGUCGGCCCAAGCUGCGCUUGACCGGAGACGACUGCCCCACGGUGGAUGUCUUCGUCACCUGUUGCGGGGAAGAAGACGACGUGGUCUUGGACACAGUCCGCGGGGCGAUUGAUCAAGACUACCCAUUCGACCGGUUUCGAGUGAUCGUCCUGGACGACGGCAGGUCGGCUUCCCUGGAAGAAUCCGUCAACAACCUGGCGAUCACCCACCCCAACCUGUAUUACAUGGCCCGCGAGAAAAUUCCUGGCAAGCCGCACCACUUCAAGGCCGGUAAUCUCAACUAUGGCCUGGACCAGACGCUUGCGUUACCCGGUGGAGCCGGCCAGUUCAUGGCGGCCCUGGACGCGGAUAUGAUCCCCGAGCAACAGUGGCUGCGGGCGAUCAUCCCCCACUUGUUGGUGGAUCCCAAGAUGGCCCUUGCGUGCCCUCCCCAGCUUUUCUACAAUACCCCUGCGUCCGACCCUCUCGCACAGAGUCUAGACUUUUUCGUCCAUGUGAUUGAGCCGAUCAAGGACGCGCUCGGUGUGGCUUGGUGUACCGGCUCGGGCUACGUGGUGCGCCGCGAGGCUCUCGAUCAGAUCGGUAACUUCCCCCUGGGCUCGCUGGCGGAGGAUGUUGCGACGUCAACCCUGAUGCUGGGCAAGGGGUGGAAGACCGCGUACAUCCACGAGCCGCUGCAAUUUGGUACUGUGCCCGAAGACUAUGGUGGCCAUCUCAAGCAGCGGACUCGCUGGGCGAUUGGAACCGUCGACACGGCCUUCAAGCUGAAGUUCUGUCUGUGGGGCGAUGCCGUGCGUAAGAUGACUGUCGCCCAGCGCUUCUCCGGUUUCUUGUAUGCGACGCUCAGUCUGUACACGCUUCUCCUCACGGCGUCGCUGUUUGCCAUUCCGGUCAUCCUGCUGUGGGGUAAGCAGCUCGUCGCCUACGCGAACCAGGACCAGCUGCAUUGGCUGAUCUGGUCCUGCUUCGCAACGACUAUCGCCAACCGGUUGUGUGAGUUCGCGCUGUUCAUUCCCGCCGGCUACCACACCGGCCAGCGAGGCUCUCGCUACCAGCUCUGGAUGUCGCCGUACAUUGCCCUGUGCAUUGUCCGGUCCUUCAUGCUUCCCACGUGGCUCGGCGGCCAGACCCAGGCCUUCAAGCCGACCGGCUCGCUGGGCUCUGCCCUGAACGAGCGGGACCCCAAGCAGCGGAAGAACAUGUUCGUCCGCAUGCGCGUCAUCCUGUUCAAUUUCAUGGCCCUCUUCCACUUCGCCUUCGUCUACGUGACCCUCGUCGCGGUGGUCAUCUCCACUUACCGCUGCUUCGCGACGGAGAGCGGCUUCAAAGGGGUGGUGAUCUGCCUGAUCACCCACGCCUUCUGGCCUCCCCUGACCUUCCUCUUCAUCUGCACUUCGCUGUGGACGCCGGUCUCCUACGCCAUCGACCCGCCAUCGAUGCCGGAGCGAGAGGAGCUGUUGACCCGGGACCCGAAGACCGGCGUUGCGCACCCGACGAAGAAGAGCAAGAAGAUUGCAUUUGGCGGGCAAGCCGCCUGGUUCGAAUUGGAGUACACGGUUGCCACGGUUGCCUCUAUUUUGAUUUUUGUCUACUCGUUCUUCUUCUAG